CCCGCUUUCAUCUGGCGCGCACGCGCCUCACACACGGACUCCUCUGAAGGGCGCGCGCGAGCAGCUAUUGGAUAAGGUGCACGCGCCUGGCUGUUUCUCCUGACUCCACGCGCGCAGUCGCUUUGCCUCAGCCGCAGGAGAGAAGACGUCCAGCCACAACAGAAAGUCAGUGAUCAGACCCCCUCCCCAGUGUUUUGAGUGAAGAUGAUCCCUGUGCUGAUCUGUGUUUUGGUCUCCCUGAGCGUUGCACAGUCCACAUUCGACGUUCUGCACCCUAACCUGGAGCACUCAAGAACCAUCUAUGUCAUAGAAAACGGACCCCAACUCUCAGUGGUGGCAGAACAAUUGAAGGUGGUGUCAAGGCGAGGAGGAAAUGCAACUUUACCAUGCAAGAUCCACAGAGAUCAAUCACUGCCCCCCAAUCGCAAGAUGAGGAUCAAAUGGACUAAACUCACCUCAGACUACCUUAAAGAGGUGAAUGUGUUUGUUGCCAUGGGCUAUCACAAAAAGAGCUACGGGACUUUCCACGGACGUGUCCACCUGCAAGGCUCCUCUCCGAUGGAUGCUUCUCUGGUCAUCACAGAAAUCACAUUAGAGGAUUAUGGGAAAUAUAAAUGUGAAGUCAUUGAUGGACUGGAAGAUGAAACUGUGGUUGUUUCCCUCAACCUUGAAGGUGUCGUCUUCCCCUACUUCCCACGUUUGGGCCGCUACAACCUAAAUUUUUACGACGCAGCGCGAGCAUGUCAAGACCAGGAUGCUGUUGUGGCAUCCUUUGACCAGCUGUACGAUGCGUGGAGAGGAGGAAUGGACUGGUGCAAUGCCGGCUGGCUUCACGAUGGCUCUGUGCAAUAUCCCAUCACAAAACCCAGAGAGCCCUGUGGUGGCAAGAACACAAGGCCAGGCGUUCGUAGCUACGGCCUGAGAGACAAGGACAAGAACCAUUAUGAUGUGUUCUGUUUCACUUCCUACUACAAAGGUCGGUUCUACUACCUGAUUCACCCAUCAAAGUUGACCUACGACGAGGCUGUCGAUGCUUGUCAACGCGAUGGUGCUCAAAUCGCCAAAGUUGGACAGAUGUUUGCUGCCUGGAAACUGCUAGGCUACGAUCGCUGCGAUAUUGGCUGGCUGGCCGAUGGCAGUGUCCGCAGUCCCAUUUCUCGUCCCCGACGACGCUGCAGUCUCGCUGGAGCUGCUGUGAGCUUUUACGGUUUCCCUGACAAGAAGCACAAGCUGUAUGGAGUGUACUGCUUCAAGGGCCACAACUGAGCUACAGAGACUAGACUCCAAACCCUUACAUACAGCACAAAAGCAUGCACAAACAUACACGCUAAUUACACACUAGAAGAAUAAAACAUACAUAAAGAAGUGACUAAUGUAUGGACAUAUACAUUCACACUGUGAUGCUCUGUUUCAUGGAAACCUUAAGGUAUUAAUGAUCGACAUUCAUGAUGUUGCUUUGUAAUCUGGGACACAGUUCCUCACAAAAGACAGUUUACAUAUAUUUAACCAAUGCCUUUGAAAGGAAAGGGUGGGUUAUUAUGUAAGGUUAGAAUACGUGUAUCAUGGCUUCAGCAAUACUUUUCAAGAAUGAAGCAUGAAAAAAAAAGAAAAAAUAAACCAAAAUGUCUCAUGGUUGGACUAAAACUUUGGGCACUUAACUUCUUUUUUUGGAAAUGCCAACAUAAACCCAAGCUAAAUGAGACAAAAGAAAAGCUCAAAUUCUGUGAUAUUUUGCCAGAUUGGACAAGCUAGCACAACUAAAUUGUGCUUUGCUGUUCUUUCUUAACAAGGUGCUAUGACUGGUACUUUGUACUUCAUCUUUUUGUCUGGUAUUUUAUGUUUUUGUACAAAUGUGUUGGACCAAACACGAGUGACGUCAACAACACGAGUGUGAAGUAGAAACAUCUAAAUGUUAGCAUUAUGUUUUCUAAGCAUUUAGAAUGUGAUGAUCUACAAAUGUAUUCAUGUUAAUUAAUAUUUUUUGAUAUAUUGUGAAAAUGUUUAUUAUUUUGUCUCCGGUCAAACUAUCCAAGUAUCCUUGACUUACAUAAAACAUACUAUAACAGCGAAGAAAAAAACUUCCUUACGCAAAAUAAAAAAGUGAAUUUUGCAUGGAACAUCUAAAACAAUGAGCGUUGUAGAUUAACAAUUUUUUUUUUUUGGUUUUUUCAUUGCAAAAUGUCAAUAAUAAAAAUAAUGUUCAAAAAAUAUUGCUUUAAAACAAGCUCAAUUUUACUGAUUGGUUU